CAAAAUGAAAUCAAAAUGCGAAAAAACGGAAAAUCCUGUACCGGAAUUGAGACCCAAAAUUCAGCCAAAAUUGAUAAGAUGGGCGGAAUACGAAACUCAUUUGUAAGGCUCUGCUUGACUGCUUGCAUGAUCAACACUUAGCUUAAAACCCCUAAACUCGCUGUGCUGAGUUGUUAGCACUCUUGGCCAUUUCCUCUGGUCGUUCAAUUCCCCCCUUGGGCUUUAUAUGGUGUCAGUUUUAGUGAAAUUCUGCAAGAGCUUUCUGGGGUUCUGAGCUGAAAAUGACUUCCUUUGAGGGAGACCUCGAGGAGCAGCUUAAAGAGGCUGGGAAUAAGCUCAUUAACCCUCCUUCCUCCAUUGACGAGCUCCUCAAUCUUCUUGAUAAAGUUGAGAAUUUGUUAGCAAAUGUGGAACAAGCGCCGUCAGAAUCUAUGAAAGAUGCACUUUUACCCUCGAUGAAGGCACUGAUCACUGUUGAGCUUUUGAGACAUUCCGAAAUGGACGUGAAGGUUUCAGUUGCAUCUUGCAUUACCGAGAUUACAAGGAUAACAGCACCAGAUGCCCCUUACAAUGACGAGCAAAUGAAGGAAAUCUUUCAGCUGACUGUUGCAGCAUUUGAAAGUUUCUCUCAUGCGUCCACUCGCUGUUAUACUAAGACGGUUUCAAUUCUUGAAACUGUUGCAAGGGUCAGGUCAUGCUUGGUGAUGCUGGACCUUGAAUGUGAUACAUUGGUUGUUGAAAUGUUUCAAAAUUUCUUAAAACUCACCAGGUCCAACCCUCCACUCUCUGUAUUUUCAGCCAUGGAAACAAUUAUGACCAUGGUCAUAGAGGAAAGCGAAGAAAUUUCCUUAGAUCUUCUCAUUCCACUCCUAUCUAGUGUAAAAAAGGAAAAUCAGACUGAUUCACCCAUUGCAUGGCAAUUGGGAGAGAAAGUUAUUACUAAUUGUGCUGUUAAGCUUAAACAUUAUCUUAAGGAAGCAGUGCAGUCUAUGGGUAUUGCUUUGGAUGACUAUUCUCAAAUUGUCACUUCUAUAUGCCAAAGUGGACCCACCCUUCUUGAACAUGAACAAGUCAAUGGCUACGGGGAGCAUUUGGUGUCUUUAAUGGCCAUGCAUGGAGUUAGAAAUUGGCUAGCAACGAAAGAUUCCACUGAAGCCCAUGAGAAUAAGUUAGGGAAACAGCCAGGUUCAAGUGAGCCACUCCAGAUUUUUGUCAACCAGGUGAUCAAGGGUCUUGCUCCAGAUACUGUGUGUUGUACCAAAAUUGGCCAAUCUGUGGAUGGUACUUUGAAGUCAGUGAUGAGUAAUUUCGCUAAGAAUGAUAAUACUUUCAAAAAAGAAAAAAUUUCAAAAUCAUUACAUCGUCUUCUUACUAGACAUAACAAAAGCAUCAGUGCAAGAAGCAAUGCUGAACCUGGCAGCGUAGACUCUAAGAAGGCAACCAAAUCAGAAAUUCAGCGAGUCUCUCUUCCAAAGAAAAGGGGUAGGAAACCUAAUUUUGUAAUGAAUCCUGAGGAAGGCUACGACCAUAUUUUGAUUUCUACAGGAAGAAAAACUACAAAUGUGCGUUGCAGAAAGUCUCAUGAUGGGGGGGGAGUUGAUGAUUCACCUUCUGAAAACCUAGAUCCAGGGAAGGUCACUUCAUCACUUGAAGAUGUGACUGAACUUUCUGAUUUUCAACCUAAAAUUAACAAGAUAGUAAUUGCUGCUGCACCAUUCACAGAUCAUUCGCUUCCUGAUGCUAGCCAUCCUACAAGUGGCCAGCCAAAGCAAAAAGGGAACACAGUUAAUCAAGAUGCCAACCCUAAUUCCCUAUCAAGGUCAAAGAAAAGGUACUUGAAUUCUCGGGUUGGGGAGAAAGCAUCACAAUCUGUAGAUCUCAGUUUGAAAAAGGAAUAUGAAGUUUUGCAUAACUCUAACACAAAGCCACAGGGACACACGAGAAAGAUUAGAAUUGCUACAAAGACCAAGGAAGAGACAACUCUAGCUCUUGGAUAUGUAGUGUCGGAGAAGGAAGUUGCUGUCCCUUACAUUCCUGCGGAGAAGCCAUUGCGGCCAUCUGCUAUGAAUAGUAGAUCAUCAAUCCGAAUGUUUAUUAAGAAAAGAAAGAGGGAUAAUGCUACUUGUGAAAAAGAUAUUACUGAAGCAUCUAAUAGAAAGAUGAUUUCUAAGUCUGCUAGUAAGUCAACCGAUAGAGAUGGCAGUUACUUGGAAGAAACUUCAAAAACAAAACUCAGGAGGAAGCAUACUGCCACAAAGGAAAAGUCUUCUAAAAAGUUUGAUCUUGGUGAGCGAUUGGUUGGUAGCAGCAUAAAAGUUUGGUGGCCGUUGGACAAGAUAUUCUAUGAAGGUCUUGUAAAUUUUUAUGACCCUGUUAAAAAGAAGCACCAGGUGUUAUAUGCUGAUGGAGAUGAAGAAAUCUUAAACCUCAAAAAGGAACGCUGGCAACUAGUUGGGGAUAAUGUUUUGCCAGGAGGCCAAGGGACUGAUCUUCCCGAACUAUAUGCUACUUGUGAUCUACCAGAAAAGAGGAAAGGGAAAGUAAAGUCACAGUCAGCCAAACGACAAAAGGUUGAUGCUUCUUCAAAAAGGAUUCAAGCUUCGGAUGGUAUAUUCAAAGUUGUCAAACCUACAAAAUCUGUGGAUGACCCUUCAAAGGCAGAUGAUGGUCAUAAAAAAUUUACUGGCAAGUUGAGGAUUGAGAAGCUAAAGGCCGGUACCAGAUUGAAACAGAACAUACCUAAGACUGUAACGUUGCCCAAGGGAUUCCUCUAAGUUACAGGUAAAUAUUAGCAAGUGGCCAAAGAAAUGGAGGUAGCUAUUUGACCUGUUUCAGACAAGGAUAUGUAUAGAGUGAGUAGUGACACAAGCUCUCGAAGGCUUAUAAUUUUGAGUUUAGCAGAGGGUAAGAAUAAGUUAUAGUCUCUUUUUGUUUUGUUUCUCAUGUAGUUGCAGAAGCAAGCAUGGAGAUGGUUUUUGCAUUCAAAUGCUGGGUUAUGCAUUUGAACUCUGACUACAACUUGUUCAAGUCAUUGCCCCGAUCUGGGUUCGGCUCAUCUCCAGUUAGAAAUUCUCAAGUUUUCUUCAAA